AUGUCAUAUUUUUUACGAGAAAUUGUUGGCCAACGGGCCGAAGUGCAUCCCGAAGAUAUUCCGAAUUCCAGUCGGAUAUCUCACAAAUUAUCAAAUCUUAUGUAUAAAUGUGCUGAAUAUCGAUGCAAAAAUGAGAUUCUCAAAAUUCCAUCUGCCGAAGUUCCAUCUUUCAAUGAUUCUGGUAAGUUUUCUGCUCUCCUGUUUCAAAAUUCAUGAUCCUUUUUUUCAGAAAAAUUCAAAAAUCGUCUAGAAUGCCUGAAUUCUAAAUUCGUUGUCAGUGCUCCCUCAUCUUUUGGAUGUAUCGCAAUGGCAAAAGCUAUUUUAGCUAGAUUUGGAGAAUUCAAUAUCGAAAAUAGUUCACAGAAGUCAGUAGAUUUAGAUGAAGCCAAAACAAGUAAAAACCAUGAUGCUGAAAAUGAGAAAAGUUCGAAAAAUGUAGGUCAAAUUUUUUUUGUUAUUCUGAAAAAAUAUUAUGGUUUUUUUCAGACUGAUCAAUUAGUUGGUGCCAGUUUAUCUUGUGUUUUCGAAAUUCUUCAGCAACUAAGUAGAAGAGAUUCUGAAUUAUGUGUUCAAGCCCUUGAAUCACUACUUUCACUGAUUCAAACAAUGCCAAUAGAAUGUCUAAAAUCAGAAAACAAAUGGUCAGUCUCAUCAAUGAUGUCAGUUCUCAAAAAACUUCGAGAAGAAGGUGGUCCAGCCGUUUGUUCGAAAGCCACCUCUUGCCUUGUUUCAUUGGCUGUCGCAAGUGGAGAACCAGAGCAGCUCAGCUCGGCAAUUCAAUCUCUGAUUUGUCUUCAACGACGUGAUCGAAAUAGUGUUGAUUCCACUUUCGAUUCAAUUCAAAUUCCGGAAAACCUUCGAAGAUUGCUUUUGAAAAUUCGACGAAAAGCGCAUCAACAACACGAUGGAUCUUCCAGUUGGUCUUCCCUGAAAAUUGAAGAUCACACAGUAUCUUGCUCUUUUGAUCUACCAAUUCUACCAGAUUCUUCUCCUGAUGAUACUCCAGAUGAUGAUCAUAGAUUAUUUGCGACACUCGUAUGCGAUGGUGCUUAUAUUUAUAUUUUAAACUAUGUCGGAUUGUAUAAACUUGGAACUGGACUCGAAGAAACUAUUAUAGGUAAACUAUAUGCUGCAAAUCAAUCACUAAAAGCCACGUGAGUAAAAACUUUUGAAAAUAUUUUUGAAUUUAUAAAAAAAAUUAUUUCAGAAAGAAUUGUAUGCUGUAUCUUUGCAAUGGAUCUCUGUAUCUUCGAAGAAAUUUAUCAUCAUGUAUCUGUGUUGUCGAUACAGAUUCACUUCAAGACAUCGGAGAAGUAAUUCUACCACCAAACGCAAAUCAAUACUCAUAUUUUUCCGAUGGUUCUAGUUUCUUUAGUUCAACUCUGAUUGCAAAUUCAACUUUGAUGACUGUUCAACUCAAUGACUCGUUUUGCCCGAUGAAUGAGACAACAUCGAAAAAAAGUUAUCGUUUGACAGAUGUUAAUUUUACAUCCUAUGGAGAUACAAGAAUACCUCAUACUUUACCGCGACAUCUACCUUCUAAUCUUCAAUGUUAGUUUGAUUUCUGAUCUUUUGAACUUUGAACUAAAAACCUGUUAUUUCCAGCUCAAGCUAUUGAUCUUCAUUUGGCUAAAGACAUGGCUUUUAUUCAAGCUCGGUCUGGAAAAAUUUACUACGCUGGAAAUGGAACUCGUUUCGGUCUACAUGAAACAGGAAACACUUGGAUGGAACUGGUUCUACCGGAACCCAUAGUUCAGAUUUCAAUUGGUUUUGAAAAUAUAAUGUUCCGAUCUGGAGCUGGUCAUUCAUGGAUUGCUAGUGUUGAUGAUAAAAAGAGGAAUGGACGAUUGAAAAAAUUGAUUUCAUCGAAUCGCCGGAAAGUUGUUUGUGUUUGUUCUUCUGGUCCGAUGUUUGGAUAUGUGACUGAAAAUGGAAAAGUUUUCAUGGGCGGAGUGCAUAAUAUGCGCGUUAAUCUACAAAAUAACAUGUUAUCCGGUCUGGAAAAUGUUCAUAUUUCUACAAUCGCUCUUGGUAAAACACACGGUGUUGCAGUUUCUCGAAGCGGCCAUUUGUAUACGUGGGGUCUCAAUAAUUUGAAUCAAUGUGGACGCGUUGAACAACCAUCUUCUAUCAAUAAUUCUCCUCGACACUCAAAUCAACAAAUUUGUCCAAUCGGUGAUCAUAUUUGGGUCAAUGAUAUGCCAACAAUAUGUUCACAGUGUGGACUUUGUUCAGCGAGAGGUGUUGCGUGUGGAAGAGUUCCACGCCAAAAAGGAACUAUGUGUAAAUGUGGAACUGGAGAAUCAACGUGUCUUCGAUGUGGAUUGUGUAGACCGUGUGGAGAAAUCACUGAACCAGCUGCACCUGGACAACCUCAACAUGUGCAAUUCAGUAGUUCGUCACAACAACGAACUAAUUUGAUGCCGGCCAGAGUUAUGUUAUCCAAAGGUGUUCACGAUGUCAAAGUUUCGUUUGUUAGCUGUGGGAAUUUUCAUACAGUACUCCUCGCAUCUGAUCGUCGCGUAUUCACAUUUGGAUCAAAUUGUCAUGGUCAAUUAGGAUGUGGAAAUACAUUAAGCAAAACAACAGUUCAACAAGUUCAACUGCCAAGUGAUGUUGUUGUAGUUCAAGUGGCUGCUGGUGCAAAUCAUACUGUACUUCGGACAAAUGAUGGAUCUGUUUAUACAUUUGGAGCUUUUGCCAAAGGACAACUCGCGAGACAAGCCGGAGAGAAACAAGGUUGGAAUGCGAUGCCAGAAAGAGUGCCUGGAUAUGGAGCAGGAUAUAAUGCAUUUGCUGGAUGGAUUGGAGCAGAAGGCGACUCGACAAUAAUUCAUAGCCAUACAGCAUUGCUCAGUUCAGACGAUGUUUCGAAUGCGCAAAUUGUGGCAAGCAAAAAUAAUAUUUUUAUUUUCCCUCGGGAAAUUGGAAAAGAUUAUAUCGUUAUAAAAAGGAAACAUAACAUGUUCGAACAUCAUACAAUUGGUGCAGCUGGUCUUUAUACAAGUUGGGCUAUGGAACCAAAAUAUGAUAUGUUAUGGUCGUAUAAUGCUGCUGAAAUGAGAGUUCAUGCAUUCAGUAUAUUCAAAAGACAGGAUAAUGUAACACCGGGAGAUUUACUAGAAACAUUACAGUAUCAAAUAUCUCCCGAAUUUGCCGUUCCUCUUGAUUCGAAUUCUUUCACAAGUUCAACAAAUCUUGGAAUUUUGCUAUUAUCCGCUACAUUUUCUGCGAAUAUAAUCAAGAAUUCGAAUUUUUGGAAAGAUAAAUCAUCAGAUAUCAGUGGAGAGAAUAAUGGGCCCAGUGAAGGUUAUUCAGUGAUAAAUCGAUUUGAAGGAACUGGAGGUGGAUGGGGAUAUUCGGCACAUUCAAUUGAGGCAAUUCAAUUCAGAACAUCGAAACAGGUGAAAUUAGUUGGAAUCGGAUUGUAUGGAGGGAGAGGAGAAUAUAUUUCAAAGCUGAAAUUGUAUCGAUUAAUGGGUGGAGAUUCGGAUGAAUUAUAUGUUGAACAGAUAACUGAAACUGAUGAGACAAUGUAUGAUUGUGGGGCUCAUGAAACAGCAACACUUCUUUUCUCCCAGCCAAUUAUUAUUCAACCAAAUCAAUGGCAUGUUAUUAGUGCAAAAGUCAGCGGGCCUUCUUCAGAUUGUGGAGCGAAUGGAAAAACAACCGUUGAAAGCGAUGGAGUAACAUUUACUUUUAGAAAUUCAGUUGUUUCUAACAAUGGAACUGAUGUUAAUGUUGGACAAAUUCCUGAAUUCUAUUAUCAGUUGAAUUCUUCAUCUGAUGCAAAAGAGAAUAAUGAAGAAAUCAAUAAGCAAUUGACACUUAGUAUGUCGAGAUUAUUCUCUCCGUCGUGUUUUGAUAAUAUAUCAUCGAAAGGAAUAUCUGAUUUGUUGACAGUUUUGGAAUGGAGUAUUCAGAAAUUACAAACAGAAGAUGAGGAAAGUAUAGAGAAACAUUGGACAAUUGAAAGAGCAUCUUUUGUUGCGCUGGUGACUAUGAGACUUCUCGCUAAAUUUAUCAAUUCAAUUUAUAAAGAUGAUGAAAAACAUGAUGAUGAACCUUCGAUUGAUUUUGCUAACAAAUUGGUUCAACUUCAUUCAUUACUUCUCGAUUUUUUCAACAUUGAUGUGACAUUUGCUGAUCUAGAAGAAAGAUAUGCUUUAUCACAAUGUUUAUCAGAAGCAAUCAAAUUGUUUAUUUCACUUUCACAUUGUUUUCUUGGCUCGAAAAGUUUGAUCAAUGCACAUCUGAUUGCUGUAAUGAGUAAAAGAACAUCUUACUGUGGAGUUUUGACUGCUGCUGUUAUUGGAAGUAUUGCAAAAAUGAAUAAGAUAUCACAUCAAUUGAUUCAAAAUAUGACUGUUAUUGAAGAUCGAUAUCCACUUUUAACAUCUCUUCUCACAAAACAUUUCAAUUGUGAAAAAGAAACAUUGGCAUCUUUGACAUCGUUUUCAAAUGUUAUGCGAUUUUUCUAUGAUCGAACAUUUCACUAUAAUAUAAGCACAAUUCACAAUACACCAAAGUUAGCUGAAGAUAUCAUUGUCAAAAUUUGUGAAGAACUUGCGGUUCCAGAAGAAGAUGGUGUGAUGGGCCCGAUUAUUCAUCAAACUUUGGCAAGGUUUCGAAGAAGAAGUGUCGCCCCAGCGUGGGAUAUGUCAGAUGGAUCAUCAGAUGCGAUUGCAUUCCGAGUUGAUACGGAAGGUGUUCGACUUCAUGGGUUUGGUGUAUAUUUGCCAGUUGAACACGAUUGUCGACAAUUUAUUGGAGAAAUUCUGAUGUUGUCUUCAGAACAAUCUGAAAAAUGGACCUGCCUUGUAAAAGUUACAGCAGAUAUAAGUUCAGACGAAAAAGAAGUUGGAAGUAUUCGCUUCCCUGAUUAUGUUCUAUUGUCUCCUGGAGUCACUUAUGCUCUUAAAAUCACAAUGCCGAAAGUUGCCAAAACGUUUUGCGGUGAAGGAGGAAUUCCACAACUUCGACUUAUCAAUGGUGCCAAAAUUAAUUUCACGGGAUGUUCUUUGAGUCAAAAUGGAACAACUGUUCAGAGAGGUCAACUUCCAUUCUUACUGUAUUCAAUUUUCGAUCAAACAAAUACUGUUCAAAUCUCAGAAGAUACUAUUCAUGAUUCAUUUUUAUUGAUUCUCCGAUUGUUAUCCAACAAACUUGGAACCUCAAUUUCAGACGGACAUCUUUUUGAAUGCGGUCGUAGUUUGGUGUCAAGAAUCUCACCGUAUGUAAUGGUAUUUAUGGAACGAUAUCCUGAUAAAUGUAUCGAAGUUAUGGCAACAUUAGAACAAUUGAUUCCAUUGAUUUCGAAUAUGAAUGGUAUUGCUGGAAGUCAGGAAAGUAUUAGCAGUGUACUUGGAGAAGCACAAUGUAGAACUAUUAUUAUUGAAAGUCCACAUCCUUAUAAAUCGAAUUCUACUUAUUCUGUUGUAGGUUUUUUUUCUGUAAAUAUUGUCAACAAUUUAUUGAAAUUUUUUUUGCAGGUGGUUGGUUUCAACGAGAAUAUUGAUUUUAUGUGUUUGAGAUUUUCCCCAAAUUGCGAAACUGCUCAGUUCGAUGAUCAACUCACAAUCUAUCUUGGUGUAGAUGGUCAUUCCUAUAUUCCAAUUGAAAAGUUAGUGAAUCUGAACAUGAAAAUUAAUUCAAAUUAAUUUUUUAGAUGUUAUGGUUCACAUGAUUGGCCAGCUUAUCCUAUGAUGCUUCCUGGAAAUUCUUUAUGGUUUGUGUUGGAAACUUCAAAUCCAAUCGAUGGUGCAUCAAUGGAACAUAUGUUUGGCUUCCAUAUUACUGUAUUAGGAUAUUCAAGUAUAGAUGAUGACACAAAUUUGAGAAUUGAACAAGAACUUGUUUGGUUGAGCGCGAAUGCUUGUCGAAUAAUCACUCAACUUCCUGUAAAUCCAUCAAGUAUUGAACAUUUAUCAACAGCUGAAGAUGAUACACAUCAUUUAUUUGAGAAACAUGGGAAUCUUUUGAAAAAAGGGUUGAGUCUUAGCCAUGCUCCAACUUUGAGUGAGCUUAUCAGCAAGGGACAACCUGCACCAGCACAAUCACCAGAUUUACAAUUUCUUCGGGAGUUUUUGUCGUGUCACACUUCAACUGCUCCUGGUUUUUUGGCGAAAUGGCUUCCAAUUGGAUCUGUUGUUGAUCCUUCCAAAUGUCAAUUAGCUUUAUCACAUGAAGAAAUGUCAGUGGGAAAAGCGGUUACUAUGAAAUUAUCUUGCCGUGAUCAAUAUGAUAGAGAAGUUGAAUGUUCGAAACUUCACGUUGAAGUGACAGCUGUGAUUGGAUAUCAGAAUACGAAUGCGAGAAAUAUGACACAUGAGAAUCUUCCAUCAGCUUUAUUGAUUCAACAAAAUCCAUUUCAACCGUUGGUUCAAAAUCAUACAAGAUAUAUGAGUAUUUGUGCAAUGCCAGCUUUUGCAAAUUAUUCUAUCGAAGAAAUUCGACUUGGAUUUAUGAAAGAAGAUUUGAUAAAAGAUAAGAUCAUUUUGAAGAGUCGAGGACAAUCUGUAUUUUCUGGAACUUGGACACCAAGUGCUGCUGGAAAUUAUCGAAUUGAAUGCAAAGUUGAUGGAUAUGAUAUUUCACAUACUUAUACUGUUGAAGUUACCGAAAGAUUGAGAAAUGAUGAAUCUUCAUCGAGAAAUAGAACACCAACAACUCGAGGAGCACAAAUGACAACUUCGAAAAGUGUGGUUAUUCCAUUCUCAAGUGAUUUCUCAGGAAUUCGAAUGAGAUUGGGAACAACUCUUGCAUCAACCUGUGCUGGAAUUAUACCAAGAGGUGCAAUUAUUGAAUAUAAUGAAGAGAUUGAAAAUGCAGAAGGAAAAUGGAUUAGAUUAACUGAUGAAACAGCAAUGUUAUAUGGAUAUCCAAUGGGAAAUGGACAAGUUUGGUGUUUAUCUUAUCAUAAACAAUUGAGAAGAGUUUUGAUACCAUUAGAAGAGCGAGAUCAGGAAAAAACUGUUCGAUUGAGAAGGAAAGAGAUUGAACAAUCUGUUGAUGGUUCGAAACAUCAUAGUGUGUCGAUUGAUGCCGCGGAAACAUAUAUUCUUGCAGCAAAUGAUGUUUUGCAAGUAUAUUCAUCUCCAUUUUUGAAUGCAGCUAUUCCGGGAGACAUUCUUAAAGGACCAUGUGAAAUUUUGAGUAAUGGAUGGAUGACGAAUCGAAAUGGCGUGUGGAUCAAAAUCCAUGGACAAGAAAAGUAUAUACUUCAGAAAACAUUGAAUGAUGGGUUGGAAACAAGUUUGAGUUUUUCGACAAAUGGAAAUGAUGAAGAGGAAAUUGUGCAGAUUCAGGAAAGAGAAAAAUGGAAUAUUUUACCGAUUGCCUUGACACCUUCGGUCGCUGAUUGUAUUCGGGCGGUAUUUGCUGCUUUUGUUUGGCAUGAACAUUUGGUGAAAGAUCUUAUGGCUGCUGCUGCUUAUUUGAAGUUUCAUCAAAACCUUCACAAUGUGAGUUUGGAUUGAAGAUAGCUUGGAACGGAAAAUUUUUAGCUCAAAUUAGUUUGGAGCAAAAACACAUCGAGAGUGAAGGAGACGCAGAGAAAAUCUCUAGACUGCCACGUAGUUCACGUUUUCAUUAAAAAUACGUUUCAUCAUUUUUUUGGAAUGGAAAAUUUUGAAAUAUUUACGUGAAAAUGUCUGCGUCUCACUCACUCUCACCCAUUAUUCAUACUGUAGUCGGCGAAUGUUUUUCGUGUGUAUUUUUUCUGCGAGUUUUUCGAAUUACUAAAAACAGCAAAGCUCCUCAAAGCAUAUAUUCCCAACAUUUCCAAAAACAACAAUCUAACAAAUUUCUCGAAUUUGCAGAUCUGGCAGUCUUGUGAUAUCCCAGUUUGUUCAAAUGCUCCAGCAGCACUUCAACCAAUAGUUAAAAUCUGGCGAGAUAUAUGCGAAGCCGUGCAAACAAGUGUCGAACAACAUCUGAUAAUGCCACCGGUCUCAUCGAAAGCAGUUCUUCUCCAAGAUAAUCCGAAAACACCAACCACAAAUGGUGGAACAUGUGAAUUGUGUGAAGAGUAUUUCAAAGUUCCAAUAACUGCACAUUUACGAAUGGCUCAUCCUGGCUGUGGCAAUGAUUGUCUUGGUUACGGAUAUAAUUCGAAUGGUAAAUUUACAACUGGUUGGUCGGGAGAAUGUGGAGCUGGUGGAAGAGGACAAUCACCUUGGUAUUUGAUGUGUAAUAAUUGUCGAGCACAAUAUCUUCGGAAAACAAAAGCGGGACAUCAUCAGGAGAGAACUAGAAGAUGGAGGGAAUUCAGGUUUUCGACAAAUGCGUUGGAUGCUCGACCGGAAGUGAUCAUCAAACAGAAUGCGAUGUUUUUACUUGAUUUGAAUUCGCGACUUCAAACUGGAUCGAAUAAUUCAUCUGCAAAUACAUCUGGAUGGACAAUCAAUCUAUUCCCAACACAUUCGAGUAAUCCAUCAACAAUUCAGAAAAAAGCGGAUGCAUCCAUCGUCAAAACAUCGUACAUGGCACAAUCAUUGAUGAAGACAGCCUGUUCUUCGGAUCCUGGACCAAAACACAAUUUUCUGAUAUCCCCACCUGGCGGUGAACAAACAUCUUCACUCAAUCGACAAGGAAUGACGGUAAUUGAGCCGACGGAAGUGUUACAAAGUCCGUCUGCUGCUCUCCGAACACUUUUUUCGAAUACAAACCCAUCAACAUCAGAAAUUUUGAAAAGACCAGUGUUGGCAUUUUGUGUAGAACAUCACGAUUUGAAGCGUAUUCGAGCAGCGUGUGUUCAAUCAAUUCGAAGAGCUGUUGCAUUUUCUCACGCAUUUCGUGUAUGGAAUUGGUUACUUCGAAUGGUGUCAUCUGAAACUAGUGUUGCCGAUGUUUUACUUCAAUAUUUGACAAGUCUUACUUCAUAUAACAGACUUGCUGAAUAUAUGUAUAAUUCGAAGAAGAAUUCACACAUCCUUCCACAUCCAUGGCGACUUUGUUUUUUGGCUGGUCCACUUGCUUCUGAAAUGGUUUGUCAACUUCACGCACUUCUUCACACGAUUUCAAUUAUUCUUCAAUCUUCCGGAGUUGAUAAACGACUUCAAUCACUUUGCUUCAAAGCUUGGACACUUCAACUAACUUCGCAAGAACAGGAUCUAUUGAUUCUUACUUGUAAUAUUCUUGCGACUGUUGGUGGAGUCCUCUCGGAUAAUUCGAUUGGUGGUUUUUCAACCUAUAAUCGAUUAAGUGAUACUGGAAUCAAAGAAAUGAGGGAUAUUUCGAAUUUCGUGAAAAUCACAGCCAGUUCUAGACAAGCAAUGGUUAUUUGUUUGACUGAUGAAAGUGGAGAAACAUUUUGGGAAAGUGGAGAUGAAGAUAAAAAUCGAACGAGAAGUUUAACAAUAAAUCUAGAUGAAUGUGCAAUUGGAGUGCUAUUAUCUGUUUUUAUUGAUAAUGUGAGGGAUGAGAGUUAUCGUGUUAGUACUUUGCAAUUUAAAGCAAUUCAACCAGAUGGAAAUAAAAAAGAAUUGGAUAAUGCGAAUCUAGAUAAUGUGAGAUUGUUCUUUUUGAAAAACUUUAAUUAAUUUAUUUAUUUUUAAUUUCAGAACUUCUGUGGAUGGGUGAAAUGCUGCAUUUCAAAUGUGAAACAAAUUCAAAUAACACUAAAAGGACCAUCUUUAUCCUCAAGAGUUCGGCAAUUAUCAGUUCUCGGAUUCACCGAAAAACUUGACACAACAUGUACAAUUCCACCAUCAACUUCUCAUCAUCUAUUUUUCAACAAUACCCAACUUGAUGCUUUCGGAUUAUUCCAAGCAAUUUCAUCCCAAGCAUUCAGUGGUGAAUUGACAGAAGAUGAUACAUUACGAGAACGGGUUAUUGAUUUAUUGUUCAGUCAAGUUCAACUAUUUCCUUUGCAAAACUACGUGCAUAAUCAAGUUGUAAAUGCUAUGGAAAAGUAAGUUUUAAUUGAAGAUUCCUCCAAUAAUUCCAGUAUUUUUCAGAGAAGUUGAAUUACUGUGUACAAGAGUGAAACGAAAUUAUUCAUAUUUCUGUGGAUUAAUGGAACUUAUCGUGAGAAUUUGUGAUUCAACUGGAAAUCUAGACAACUUUGGACAGCGAAAUUCAGUGUUGAAUUCAGUCUCACAAAUUAUGAUAUUUGCACCGGUUGUGGUACAAAGACAGUGUCUCAAUUCUUUAGAAUGUAUUUUUGGAUCAUUUUCUCCGGCAAAUGUGGAUUCUUCUAAAGUUAUUAGGAAUCUUCUAGUUGCCGUUGGAAAAGUUAUUCAAUUACAAGUUAGAGAUAAAGCUGCACAUACGGUUGUCACAGUUCAUUUAUGUGUAAGUUUUUUCUCAAGAGAAACUCGGGAUGCAAUAUAAUUUGUAUAUUUUUGCAGUCUUCUGUCACAAAUGCUCCUCAUAAUUGGCGAGUUGAUAAACCAAUCGAUACUGAUAUUGGAAGACAAACUGCUCUACUUAUAAUGAAUAUUUGUGAUGGAUCUUAUGGUCAAGAAUGGAAAGAUACAGCACGGAAGGAGUUGUCAAAUGGGUUACUCAGUUUGAUUUAUAUGCCAGAAUCUUCAUCAUGUUCUGAAAUAUCAGCUCAUAAUCAAUCGGCUUCAAUUAUAAAUUCGAAACGGUUUUGGAUUGCUAUCGCUUCUUUGGCGCUGAUGAAAAAUAAAAGUUGGUUAGAUCUUUCGGAUCGAUGGAAAUCGGAGAAAGAGAGGGAUCAAUCAAAAGAAGAACCGAUAACUAUUUGUGAAAAUCAUGAUGAUGGUCAUACUGUAGCUCAAGUAUUUUGUUUGAAUUGUGAUAUCGCGUUGUGCAAAGAAUGUUUCACUGUAAUGCAUCUUCAUAAGAAAAAUCGAAAUCAUAAUGUGAAAAACUUGACGCAGCCAAAUAUUCAACAUGAUAUAAAUAUCCAUCAAGGUUGUGCUAGGAUGAAAUUUCUGAAUUAUCUCAUACUUUUCCACGGUGAAGCAUUAAAUGGGAUGGUUGAAAUCGCAGCUGAUUCGAUAUUUCCAUCAUCGUCUUCAACAAAUAUAACAACAUCAACACUUUUAGCUGCAGCAUCUACCUGUAGAUUUUGUGGAAAUUUUGUUCCAGACAGUGAACAGAAUUUGGAAGGCACAUGUUCACACGAAGAUUGUAUCGAGUAUUCCAAAACCGCUUGUUCCAAUUUCCACGAAUGCGGUCAUUUUUGUGGAGGAAUUAGUGGCGAAGAAGAUUGUUUGCCUUGCAUGCAAUGUCAAAAAUCUGACACAAAUCAAGACGCCGAUGAUGUUUGUGUGAUUUGUUUCACCGAAAGACUUGGAGCAGCACCAUGUAUCAAAUUAGGAUGUGAUCAUGUUUUUCAUUAUCAUUGUGUUCGGAAAAUUCUUGAAAGAAGAUGGAAUGGUCCAAGAAUUGUAUUUCGAUUUUUGCAUUGUCCUUUAUGUAUUCAACAAAUUAAUCAUCCCGGUUUAAUGGAUCUUAUCGAUCCGAUUCUAACAAUUCGUCAAGAAGUUAUUGAAAAAGCCAAAAUGCGGUUAGAAUACGAUGGUCUUCUCGCAACUCCAGCUCUCGUUGAUCAACGAAGUGAAUUCUAUAAUCAACCAGAAGAAUAUGCACUCGAUAGAUAUAUGUAUGUUCUAUGUUACAAAUGUAAAAAAGUCUAUUUUGGUGGAGAGAAUCGAUGUCAAGCGGCAAUCGACAGCUCACAAUAUAAUCCUGAGGAAUUGAUUUGUGGAGCGUGUUCGAAUUCGAAUGGUCAACAAGUUUGUCCAAGACACGGUGUCGAAUUUUUGGAAUACAAAUGUCGAUUUUGUUGCUCGAUUGCUGUAUAUUUUUGGUUUGUUUUACUAGAGAGAUCAAAAUUUUCAAAAAAAAAAUCCUUUUUUUCAGUUUCGGUACCACCCAUUUCUGCGCGCCAUGCCACGAUGAUUUCCAACGUCUCAUAUCGUUCCCCAAACAUCUUCUUCCCCCGUGUCCAGUUGGUCCUCGUGCAAUUCCAAUGGAAGAAUCAGCCACUUGCCCACUCAAAAUGAAACAUCCGCCAACGGGCGAAGAAUUUGCGAUGGGUUGUGGCAUUUGUAGAAAUAUCAGCACUUUUUAG